AGGCUUGAUCUAUAUCAGACAUGUGGGCCUUGGGGGAGCUUGGAUUUUUUUGCUGGCUUCCAGCUUACUGUUGGCGUUCCAGCUCAGCGGAACUGGAUCACCCAAGGCUUGUCUCACCUCUGGGCUGCUUCAGAAAACGUCUUCUCCUGUAUCUGGUUCUUCAUAGUCAGAGGCAGCUGACAGUCAAGUCUCUUCUCCCAUCUUGGCCUGUGGUUUGGGCUGACCCCCCUCUCACUCAGAGAGUGGAACAGUCUCUUUCCAGUGCCCUGCAUGAUGGCACUGAGGCCAUGGCCCUGGGGGCGGCUUCUUCAGACACUCGUGGCUGAGGUGCCCCAGUUCCUGGCAGUGGAAUCAGGCUGGCAGCCCAUGAACAGUUUGAGGUCCCAAAUACCUGGGAUGCACGGGGCCUCAGCAGGGCAGGAAACACCACUUGGCCCGUUGCCAAUGUCGCGGCUGACAGUCACCCCAGAAAGUGCCCUCAUCGAUGAGCCAGUGCACAUCCGAGCAACAGGCUUGCCCCCAUCAGAGUUGGUGACCCUCAAGGCCUCUCUGACAGAUGAGAAGGGGAAUCUGUUUCAUAGCAGAGCCUUUUACAGGACAAACAAGGCUGGUGAGCUGGACCUGAAACAGGAUGCUGCAGUUGGAGGCGAUUAUGUGGGGGUUGAACCAAUGGGACUUUUCUGGUCUCUAAAGCCUAAGAAGGCUUUCAAGAGGCUGCUUAAGAAGGAUGUGAUGAACAGUCCCUAUAGGGUCACUCUGGACCUCUAUGACACAUUUUCCCUCAAAGAAUCAGCCACUGAGAAGCCUAAGGCCAGCCAGACAGUGCAGCGCUGGUUCUCAGCCCCUGGGUUGCAGCGGGUGCCGAUACGAGUAGGGCGCGUGCGAGGAGCCCUUUUUCUCCCUCCAGGGGAAGGCCCUUUUCCAGGAAUUAUUGAUUUGUUUGGGGGCAUUGGGGGUCUAGUUGAAUUUCGUGCCAGUCUCUUGGCCAGCCGUGGCUUUGCAGCAUUGGCAUUAGCAUAUUUUGCCUACGAAGACCUGCCCAGCCACCUGGAAGAAGUGGAUCUGGAAUAUUUUGAGGAAGCUGCCAAUUUUCUAUUAUCACAGCCAAAGGUCCAAGGACCAGGAGUCGGAGUGAUUGGGGUGAGCAAAGGGGGAGAAAUCGCCCUAGGCAUGGCCUGCUUCCUGAGACAGGUGGUAGCCACUGUCUGCAUCAAUGCGCCCACUUGGGUCUCCGACAUGCCGCACAGGUACAGAGAUCAGGUUUUGUCUUCCUUACCCGUGUUUCCGGAGUUCAUACAGAUUGAUGUCUCUGGUGCUGCAAACUACCGCAACUACCAGAUGGCACAGAGCACAGUGAAUCUGGAGAACUUGCUUCCUGUUGAAAAGGCCCAAGGUCCGAUCCUCUUCCUUGCAUCCGAGAGUGAUGGAUGUCUGGAUAGCAUAAAAUGUGCUGAGCAGGCCAUUGAGCGGCUGCACAGUCACGGGAAAAGCAAUGGAAGAAUGUUGUCGUAUCCCGGGGCUGGCCAUCUCUUAGAGCCUCCCUAUGGACCCCUGUGCUAUGCUUCCUGGAACCCCAACUUACCCUUGCCCCUGCUCUGGGGAGGGGACACUGCUCGCCAUGCAGCAGCUCAGGAACACUCCUGGGGAGAGAUCCUGAAAUUCUUCAGGCAACAUCUUGUUCAGACCACAAGCAAACUCUGAGGGAGGGCUUAGAAUGAUGAUGGGGUGGGUGAUGUAAGCCAAACAACAAAACCGAACAAUCCCAAUCAAUCAACAAACAAACAAAAACCCAUAAAACAAAACGAGGAUGAGGUGGGGUGGUCUAUGGUUUUUUCCUGAUUUAUAUGGAUUUAGUCGUCUUGCAUCAACUGUAGGUAGUAAAAGAAAUCAAAGGACUAGGGCACAGAUACACCUGAAAUAUUUCUGACAAUGUGUAUAUAUUUUGAAUUCUUGUAAAUUGGAUCUUAGUUUAUAUGCACUGUGACUAUUUCAAAAUUGUGAUACUCUUGCAAAUUGAAUCACCUAUUGUUCCCCAGUUAGGAAUACCUUGGAUCCAGGUAGUUUACCAAUGUAGAUGAAUUCCCUGAAACUUCUGUAACUCGUGAAAAUACAUUUUCUAUUUACACUAUUUUGAGUUCAGUUUCUGAUAUUUGAUAAGAACAGUUCCAAUACCACCAUCAACAUUUCCUAUGAAUUUCUGGUAGAUAAACUUUUUUUUCUUUUUGAUAGUGAUGCUUCUUUGUCUAAAAUAUAUUUCUGGGGCCUCCCCUGGUGGCACAGCGGUUGAGCUCUGGGUUGCGAGGCUGCCCGCAGUCUCUGCAGGGCUGGUUCGAUCCCUGGCCAACGGCGAGGGUCCUACAGAAAAAAAAAGAAAAAAAAAUCCUUUUUAUGAUUUUAAUCAGGAAUGGGAUUGAAUUUAAUUAAGUGACUUUUAGCAUUUAUUUAAACUAAAUGAGUUAAUAUAUUUAAAGCAAUCAGAACUGGCAAAGUCCUGUGCCUGGCACAUAGAAAUUGCUGUAUUAUUACUUUCACAAUGCUUUCCUUCUUCAAUCUGUUAAGUGGUAACCUUCAUCAAUGGACCAAUUUUGUUAAUUCAGCUUAUUUUAAUAGAUUAACUUCUCAUGUUGACUAAUUCAGGUUUUAAAAUGUCUUUUGGAGCCAAGCGGGUUAUUUAUACUUUCUCAGAAUUUUACCCAUAAUUUUUCACAUACUCCCUUUUACCCAUAAUUUUUCACAUACUCUCUGUUACUUAUUUGCACACAUUCUCCUUUUCCUGUCUUGCCAGUUAUUUUUCUAUUUUACUGAUCUUUUCUAAGAACAGAUUUUGGUUUGUUUAUUGGACAGAUCUGUUUUUUCUUGGUUCACCAGUUUCUUUAAAUCCAUUCUUGGGCCUCCCCGGUGGCGCAGCGGUUGAGCGCUGGGUUGCAAAGCUGCCCGCAGCCUCUGCAGCGCCGGUUCGAUCCCCGGCUGCUCCCCGGUCACCGGAGGAGGGUCCCACAUGGCGCGCAGACCUCUCCUGCC